CCAAGCCGCUUUGCGGGGCAUCGCCAAUUCAGUUGUGUCAGCGGGUGCGCCUGGAAAGGCCAUGUCGAAAGUACGCACGUACGUCAAAAAUUACAUCUUCACCAGGAUGGAGGAUCGCCCUAGGAACUCCUGCCACAGAUGGAUACACGACAACCUCUUCCUCCUCUGCACGCUCUUCGGCGUCAUAGCUGGAGUCCUCAUCGGUAUUGCGGUGCGACCCCUAGAGCCUAGCCAAGAUGUAAUAAUGCUUAUAUCAUACCCUGGAGAACUAUUCAUGAGGGUCCUGAAGUUGAUGAUAUUACCAUUUGUAAUAUCAUGUUUAAUUAUGGGUACUGCUACAUUAAAUAUUAGCAAGAAUGGAAAAAUUGCAGUACGAACCAUUACAUAUUUUGUAAUAACUUCAGUAAUAAACGUUGUUCUGGGGAUGGCCCUUGUAACUGCAAUCCAUCCAGGAAAUCCACUUGUUAAAUUUAACUCUACUCUUGAUUCAGAAGAUGUGAAGAUAACUAAACCAUUGGAUGGCUUCUUGGAUAUGGGAAGAAAUCUUGUGCCAGACAAUUUGUUCCAAGCUGCAUUUGAACAGACAUUCACAGACUAUGUUCCUGUAGCAAUCAAAUAUGAACACACAUCAGAAGACGGUAAAAAGAAUUCGUCUAAUGUAGAGGUCAUACAAAAAGCUACAUUCAAAAGAAAGCUUCAGUUCAGGGAUGGAACAAAUACAAUUGGAAUCAUAUUUUUCUGUUUAAUUUUUGGAUCAGUACUGGGAACACUUGGUCCUAAUAAAACAAUAGUUAUUACAUUUUUUAAUGUGAUAUAUGAAGUUUUGUUAAAGAUGCUGAUGGGUGCAAUGUGGUGUACACCUAUUGGAAUCGGUAGUGUGAUCUGUGGAAAAAUAAUCUCACUUGGAAAUUUAUCGGAUACUAUUACCCAACUCAGUUGGUUCAUAUUAACAAUAUUUAUCGGGGUGGCAAUCCACCAGCUGAUAAUUUUACAAAUCAUUUAUUACAUUGUUGUAAGAAAGAAUCCUCUAUCUUAUUAUUUAUCAUUUGGACCAAGUAUUAUCACUGCUUUUGCAACUGCUUCAAAAUCAGUUGCACUGCCAUUAACUUUUCGUAUAAUGGAUGAAAAAGUAAAAGCAGAUAAAAGAAUCACUAGAUUUAUUCUUCCAAUCGGAACAAUUAACAUGGAUGGAACUGCCUUAUUUAUUACAGUAUCUGUCAUAUUCAUUGCUCAGAUGAAUAAUAUUGCCCUUGGAAUUGGAGAUCUUUGUACUAUUGGUCUUGCAUGUACUGUUGCUAGUAUGUCUUCAGCUACAGUACCAAGUGCUGCUUUGGUUCUUGUAUUGAUGUUAUGUAGUACUAUCAAUGCGCCGACAGAAGAUGUUUCCUUGUUAUUUGCUGUUGACUGGUUUGUGGAUCGUAUGCGGACUACAAAUAAUCUCCUGGGUGAUGUUUAUGGUUGUGCUGUUGUUGAGAGCCUAUCUAAAAAAGAGUUAGCUGUUCAAGAGGAUGAGGAUACAGUAACAACAAAUGUCAACGGGAGUACUUCUCAAGUCAGUAAUGGAAGUUGUAUUAUAGAUUUUGCAAAAAAUGAAAAUACUCAAAUGUAAGAGCUUUCCUGUUUACACUUAUUAAAUUUAUUACUGCAUUGGUUAACUACACACAUAUUUUGAUAAAACUGUUUUUUCAAAAAUGUGUAGAUUAUCGUAUUUGUAACAAGGUACAAUGAUUGUUACCUUGCCUCUUGAAAAUUUAUAUUAGAUUAAAUAAUAAUUUCAGUAAUAAGUAUUAUUUUAAUUAAAAAAAACUGGAUGUCAGGUGUAUACUGAUUGGUCUCAGAUUUAUAAAACCUUUACCCACAAAAGGUUAACUUUUUGACGCUGACAUCUGGGGAAAAGUAUUGUUAAUUUGUAUCAUCGAGAAGCAAUAUAUUUAUAUUUUAUUAUUUCUCAGAUUGAAGUUAUCAACUUUGUACCUUUUAUUUAAAUAAAUUAGUCAUUUAAUAUUCUUAGUUGCCUACCAAAUAAUGAACUAAGAAGAUUCCCUAAAAAAGAUUCCUUUUUGUGAUAUAGAGCACUGUUAGAAGUAAUUUAUGAGAAUGUUUGCUUUAUUUUUCUACUUGUAUAUUUCUGCUAGUUUUUAUUUCAACUUUAAUUUAAUUUAAUAUUUAUAUUUAUGUGACCUCUUUUCUGAAAGAAAAGAUGUUGGGAUUCACAUUGUAAAUUAGUUUUAAUUUUACAUUAUUUUAAAAAAUAAAAUUGUAAAUUUUAAUUGUAGAAACCUAACAUAUUCUGUAGGCUUAUUUUUCGUUUUACUAUUAUGAUGUAUAUAUGGACUGCUACAUAAGUUCAAAAAGUUCUAUAGAUAUAAACCAUAUUUUUCAAUAAAUAAUAUUUUAACAUAAUAAUGAAAUCGAUUACAUAUCAUUUCUUAUGCGAUUAAUUAUUGAAGUUAUUUGUAAUAUUGGGAUCUUAUAAAAGCUUAAUUUUCUAUAUCCAAAACAUGAGAUCACCUUUAUAUAAUGAAAUUAAACUAUAAAGUAACUUUUUAUGAUAUUAAAAAAUAUGCAAAUGCUGUGCAUUUGAACAUUAUUAUUUUAUACUUCAAAAAUUAAUCUACAUAUAUAUAUGUUUAAUACUAAUUGUGUUAUUGAAGUCGAAUUGCAUAAUUAUUACAUUUUGGGUGUUUGUUGAAAAUAAAAUUAACACACCAGAAAUGACAAGGAUAUUUUUUUCUGCUUCUUUGAGUAUUGUGAUUGGUAUAGUAUUGACACUUCUAAGUUUGUUUAUAUAUAUAUAUAUAUAUAUAUAUAUAUAUAUAUAUAUAUAUAUAUAUAUAUAUAUAUACAAAAUUAUUGAAUUUACUAUAACAUAUAAUACUUUCACCAAGUUAAUACUAAUUUUUUGUUUGACAAGGAAGCCAAUUGUUAAGGAAUUAAAUUAGUAUGAGACAACUAUAUAUCAAAUUUUAAGGUUAAAAAAAAAUCAUUGAUCAUCUUUUUCAUCACUGACAAAUAUUAAAAUCAGAGGCAUUUAAUUCAAGUUAAAGGAACAUUUUAUGGGUUAAAGAAAAGUAAAUAAAUUGCAAGAUUCAUACUUUUUUAUGUAUAGUGUGUGUUAUUACGUAUUCAAUAAAGAAGAAAAAUAAAAUAUUGCUGUAGCAUGGAGUAAUUGAAUUAAUGAUUUUUAAUCAUUUAUGUUCUCUACCAAAACUUUCAAUAACGUUUUGGUAAUAGGGAUAAUGGUCAUAAAAUCAAGGACAAAUUCCUCUCAACUCCCCACCUCUCCUCUGAAAUGGAAAGAAUGAACAUAAUGGGUGUACAGUUGGCUUCCAAAAGAACUAAAACAGCCAAAAUAAAGUGGUUCCUUUGUCUAUUUUCAUAAAUUUAUUUAUUUUUUUGGCCUUAAGACUUGUCACAGCAAGUCCUAUUUUGCAUUAAAUUUACUUGAAUGUCAUUUGAAAAUUAUGUACCAAACCCAAAUGCGUAGUUGUGCUCUUUGUAGUUUAAGUGUAAAAAGUUAGAAUAUAUAUUGAAGUAAUAAAUAUUAAAAAACUAGUUAUGCCUACAGCCGUCCGUGGACAACAAAGAAUUUUGCAGAAAUUUUCUGCUUCUAUAGAGACGUACAUUUCUUCCUUCUUCUUUUUUUUUUUUUUACAUGUUACAUUCAAACUGAGGAUGUUAUCUCACUGAUAUCGUCAAUUCAAUUCAAAAAUGUUAACUUGAUCAAGCAGUUGAAAAAAAAAAGAUAAAUAAAGCAUUGAAGCAUGUUCCAUACAUCACAAUAAUAUUAGAGAAAUAUUGUUACUAACUAUCCAAGCUUAUGUUAAGUAUUUAUAAAAUAAAGACCCGAUACUGAUUUCUAUUUGUCCAGAUACCUUCAUAGUGUGUUAAUAUUUCUAAAAGUCCUCAAAAUAUUAAAUACAUUUAAAAAAAUAAAAAUUGUCAUUACUAUUAUUAUUAUUAUAGAUAUCACUUUAAAAUUUUCCAGCCCAUAAGAAUGUAUCUAUUAAUCAUGAAAUUAUAUGUUGUCAGAAAGCCAUCGAAGUAUGAAGAACUUUUGUAAGCUUUGUUUGUUAUUUGGAAAUACUGUGAUGAGGGCCUCUUGCCUUCUAAUAGGCCUAUUUUGUAACAGUAAAGUAAAUGGUAUUAAUGUGAUAUCGUAAUAUUGUAUUUAUAGGAAACUAGGGUACAGGCAAGACGUUCCUAGGGUAAAAAUUAAUACCUAAGGCAUUUAUUAAAAUUGGCUGAUUGUUGUUAGUUUAUGUUAUAGAUUGAUAGUAACUUUAAUGUUUAAUUACUCGGUGUUUAGAAGUUGAAUAUGCACACUUGUGUGAACCUCGUGAUUUUUUAGACAAUAUAAUAUACAUUGGUGCUUCAUAAUGUAAAAUCAUUAAGAUUUCGUAUUAAAUCAUGUUCUUGUUAGUUUUAAGAAUAUUAAUUGAAAAGACUUUAGAAGUGGAGAAAUUUCUCAUUUUGUAUGUUAGUUAAUUAUUCUGUGACCAAGGCGAAAAACCUGUUGUCAUUAAUGCCUAUUGUGAAUAUUAUGUAGAGCAUUGAAGGUUUGAAAAGAUUGAUAAUAAUAUAAUAAUUAACUUCUUGGCUACUGAUGUAGUUUUUACGAUUGCAAUUUUAUUAUAUUAUUUCUCUUUUAUUAUUAUUUUUAUUUGUGACUGUAGCUCUUAAAAUAUUAUGACUAGUACUAGCCCAGGAUCAGAACAGGUAUUUUAGAUCCUUGUUUUCUGAAAAAAUAUAAUCAUAAUUCAUAUCUUGAUUUUUUUGUUUAUUAACUUAUUAAUAAAAAAAUAACUAGUGGUCUCAAGAUCUUAAUGAUGGAUAUUAUUAUUUUUUGUUUUAUAAUAUCAGUCAUUAUUGUCAGAGAAUAUGAUUAUCAAAAUGUUUUCUGAAUUAAAACACUUUUAUUAACUUUGUAAAUUAAAAAAAAAAUAAUAUAUCCUCAGAGAAUUGUAUUAUACAUUUGACCCACCAUUAACACGAAAAAACAAAACACUAAUGAUAUUUAGUUUUUGGACAAAUUUUCAUCUUCCUUUUUUUAUGAGCCACCCUUGUUAAUACUUUCCUGGCCUUUCUCCCCUUCCUCAAAAAUUAAUGUGAGGUUUGAGUGCUUUCCCUUUGUUUUUAUGAGUAAUUCUUUGCCUUAUUGAGAACAUAGAGAGAUAAUGGAGAAAAUAAAGAGAGGAUAAAAAAAAUAAUUAAAUUCACUUGAAGAAAACACAUUCUAAUAACCAUUUAAUUCUGUUAAUAUGUUCCCUAAGAAUAAUGUUUUAUUUUCCAUUUCCACAUUUUUUUAUUAUAUACUUGAAGUGUAAACAUUUAUUUAAAUUACAAAACAUCAAAUGUAUCAGUAUUAAUGUGUGUUAAAAUUAAAGUAAUUAAUAUUUUGUUAAGGUAAUAUUUCAACUUUUGUACAGGCAAGGGAUAUUUUGCUUUUAUAUGAUAUAUUUUUCAAAUAAAUGAAAAAGAAUUAGGGAGAAUCUGGUCCUGCUAUUGUAAAAUUGAAAUGUAGUUUUUGAAUGCAGAGCUUUAAAAUAAAAGUGUAGAAAUGUAACUUUGAACUUAUUUUUCUAUAAGCCUCAAGGGAUCCUGUUAUAUUUUAAAAUAAACGCAAUAUAUUCAUUCAGCUCUCAAUAACUCAAAGGAAUGAAAAACGAAAUGUGAUUUUGUAUGUUUCUUGGGCAUUUUGAGUUCUAAAGGUAGUAUUUAAUUUUGGAUGCUAUUGUUUAUCACAGGACUAGAGUUAUUAAGAAUCAAUUAUUGUUAAUUUAUAUAACAAUUAAUAUCUUAAAAAAUAUUUUGUUGAAUCCCUUAGGAUCAUUUGACUGGUUUUGUUCUUUUAAUCAUAGAAACAGGAAAUAUUUUAAACUUUUAAAAUCCAAUAUUUCUGCUUGAUUUUCUAAAAUUUUAAUCCGUCCAUUUUAAAUUAUUUAAAAGUAUUAUCUAUUCUGAAAUUGAGUUUUUUAAAACAAUUAAAUCUUCGUAGACAGUUGAAUUUAUUAUUAUUUUUUUUUUUACAAUAAUACAUUUUAAUGGUUUAUUGCAAAAAAUUCAUUAAGUGACAUUUCAUAACCUUAAACAGUUCGGAACUUUAAAGAACUUUCCUUUUUUGAAAUCAGAAAAUUGUGUGCUUUUAACUUAUAUUUGAUAUAUAAAAGGGUUCAUGUCAUUAUCAGGCACUUACAAUGUUUUUGUAUCGAUAAAUAAAGUAAAAAUUCACAAAAAUAUAUUUGAAAGUUGACUUAUAUAAAAAAUGCACUUAGUGACAACUUAAAGUAAUAAUCAUAUUAAAUAAAACAUAAACAAUUUUUUAUCAAUACAAUUUAUCAUACCUGUUAUAGAGAGUUUUAUAAAGGACCAAAAUAGAGAAGACGGGUAAAAUAAUUAUUAACUUGCCAUAGUUAAUUGUGAAUUCCCUCACUAUCCCUAGCCAAUAUACUUUAGAAAUGUCUGAAUUUAAAUAUAACAUUAUAUCUUUGUAUGUUUGUUCAAUGCUCUACCCUUUGUAAGAAUAGACAUUAUUAUUGUCAGUCACUUUUAUAAUUUAGCAGACGUUAAUUGAGAAAUUAAAAAGUAUUGGUAAGUAUAUGUAGAUACAGUUAGCUAUUUUUAAAGGGAUAGUUAUUUUUAAUAACUAUUCCUUAACCUUUGUAAUACUGAAUUAUUAUUUCUACAUAUUAUAUAAUUGUAAAAAUCCAUAAUAAAAGGUUAAUUAAUUUUUCA